GAUGACGUUUUUGGGCUAGCAAAACAACGCGAUAGUUGCCAGUUUGGCAUUGGAAUCCCCGAAAGAUGGCAGCGCCACCAGAUGAGGAGCGCUUGGAGUCUCGCAUUAACAGAGCCACCAAUCCCCUGAACAAGGAGGCAGAUUGGGACAGCAUCCAGAGUUUAUGUGAGCAGCUCAACAAAGAACCUGAAGGUCCUCAGCUGGUUACCAGGCUUUUGGCUCACAAGAUCCAGUCACCUCAGGAAUGGGAGGCCAUGCAGGCACUAAUGGUUCUAGAGACCUGCAUGAAGAAAUGUGAGAAGAGGUUCCACAAUGAAGUGGGCAAGUUCCGCUUUCUCAACGAACUCAUCAAGGUGGUCUCACCCAAGUACCUGGGUACUCGGGCACCAGAGCCAGUGAAGAAGAAGGUUCUGGAGGUAAUGUUCAGCUGGACGGUGCAGCUUCCUGAUGAGCCCAAGAUAGCAGAUGCCUAUCAGAUGCUCAAGAAACAGGGCAUUGUGAAGCAGGACCCUGUACUUCCUGAUGACAGCCCCCUCCCACCCCCUCCGCCUAAAACUAAAAGUGCAAUAUUUGAGGAUGAAGAGAAGUCCAAGAUGCUAUCUCGGCUUCUGAACAGCACCCACCCCGAAGAUCUAAGAGCCGCAAACAAACUCAUUAAGGAAAUGGUGCAGGAGGACCAGAAGCGCAUGGAAAAGGUUUCCAAGCGAGUGAACGCCAUUCAGGAAGUGAAGGAGAGCGUGGGGUUGCUGACCCAGCUACUGGGCAACUACAGCAAGGAGACCAUCUCCUCAAGCAAUGAGGAACUCCUCAAGGACCUGUACCGGCGCUGUGAAAAGAUGAGGCCUACUUUGUUCCGAUUGGCUAGUGACACGGAGGACAAUGACGAGGCCUUAGCGGACAUCUUGCAAGCCAACGACAGCCUGACGCAGGUGAUCAACCUGUACAGACAGAUGGUGAAGGGAGAGGAGGUGAACGGAGACACACUACCAGGAAGUAGCACAACCCUCUUAGACCUGACCGGGUUGGACACCUCCCCCCCCAGAGUGCCGUCCUACCCAGAUAUACCCUCACUACAAGCCCAGUCACUUGACCUAGGCAUCAACUUGCUGGAUGACCAACUCAUGUCACUAGGACUGAACGACAUAACGCCCAGCUUCACCCCCACCACACAUUCGGGAGACUGGAACUCCUUUCAGUCUUCGGACACUGUGGAGUCUGUUGCUCCGGCGGCGCCUGCUUCUGCCGUCCUGCUACCUGCGGUGACCAUUAACCCCCAGGCUCCGUCAGGUGGCGCGCCGAUCACUCCGCCCAAAGCCCUGGACGAGUUAGACCUGCUGGGCAAAACCCUCCUGCAGCAGGCCCUGCCCCCGGGAAGUCAGCAUGUCAACUGGGACAAGCUGCAGCCUCAUUCCAGACCCACCCUGCGAGACCUCCAGACCAAGUCGGGCAGCGCCCCUCCUGGCAGCACCACCCCGAGCCCUGUCCUGGCCUUGCCUUCGGAGCAGCCCGGGUCUCUCCUGGACACCCCGCCUGGCCUCAAGCCCCCAGGGGCCCCCACUGAGAACGACGCCUCCCUGGCCAACGUAACCGUUCCUCUGGAUUCGAUAAAGCCCAGCAGCUGGUUGCCUGUGACUGUAUUCGACAAGCACAGUUUGCGGGUGCUGUUCCACUUCGCCCGUGACUCUCCGCCGUGUCGGCCCGAUGUGCUCGUAGUGAUCAUCUCCAUGUUGUCGUCCGCCCCCAUACCGGUCACCGACAUUCGCUUUCAGUCGGCGGUACCCAAGGUGAUGAGGGUGAAGCUGCAGCCUCCAUCGGGCACCGAGCUUCCAGCCUUCAACCCCAUCCUGCCCCCCGCAGCCAUCACACAGGUCCUGCUGCUGGCCAACCCUCACAAGGAGAAGGUCCGGUUGAAAUACAAACUCACGUUCAAGCUGGGCGAAGAAUCGCAUGACGAAUCCGGCGACGUAGAACAGUUCCCGCCUCCAGAAAACUGGGGGAGCCUUUAGCGGGACAGACCAGCUUCCUGUCACCUGAUCCUCUGCUUCCAAUAGGUGUAGGGCGAAGGUUUCCCCAACCCACUGGUCUAGGGACAGAUGGCCUGUUUACAUUGUAAUGGUUACAGAUUGAAUGUGGGUGGAAAAAGCUGAUCUUGGACCAGUUUCUUUUUUUUUGGGGUGGGGGGGGUGGGGUGGUUUCGCCCUUGUGCCUUCCCAUGGUCCAGCCAUCCAAUGUUGUCAUUCAUCAUAUUAUGUUGCGUGGGUUUUUCUUUAUUCCAUUCACUGUACUACAAUCCAUUAUUGUAUUUUAACGACCUUGCGUGAACUGUCCAAGACAAACUUUGAAUUGUUGUAUUGACUUCUGAAAGGAAAAAGUCAAAGCCUUUUUAAACGGAAUGUGUGUGACUGUGACUGUUGAUUUUCUUUGGUCUGUGGCUGAUUGCAUUAUGCUGCACAAAAUGCAACACUCAAAAUAGUUUAGUUUCAAGGUAUUGUAUUAUUGUCUUGAUUUUAUUAUUAUUUGUAUGGUGUAAGACUGUUGGGUUUGUGUGUUAGGAUGGCAAUAGGUGUCUAAAGCUGUGACAAAUGAAUAUCCUGUAAAAUCCUCCGUGAAGGAAAAUCUAAACUAUUUGGAGCUUUCAUUCUAUUGAAUUCCCAUGAUUGUCUUUGUUUGGAUUUUUUGUUUGAUCAACACCAUAACACACUACAUCUGAGUCCCUUCUCACUUUCCUUAGGUCUCCAUUCAACAGAUUUCAUUAAGCUCCCCCAGGCACAAUAACUUACAUGCACUUCUUAUGUCUUUGCUGGAUUUUGCACGAGUAUGAUUCUGCUGUUAUCGAGUUCACGUUGAUUCAACUUAUUUCAGUUGUCACUUCUGAUACACUAUUUAAAUCUGCCGUAUGUGCCUAAAGCUAACCGUUUUUUCAUUAUCUUUCUUGUCCCCCCCCCCCCCCCCUGUUUACGUAUGAAUUAGCAUUUUUAGGUUCUUUUCCAAAUGUUGUUUAAGGCGGGAUCCAGUCGUUGCUGAGAGAUGUGAAAUGAACGGCAUUCAGUGAUGUCGACUGUUCUGUCCCCGCGGCGGCAGUCUCCUCCACAGACCCGCUGUAGAUGUAGACUGCUGAUAAAGGCUUUGAGGGGUGACACCAGUUAAUCAGAUCUCUAUCGUAGGCAAGUCGAAUCAUGUGUGCAUGUUGCUAGGCUAGUCCAACAAUCCUUUGCACAUGCGAUCAGCCCACCGCGGAUUUGCCCGUGCGGCUGGAUCGAUCACCUUGUAGCUUCCCCCCGCAUUCCAACUUCCCCCUAUGUUCUAGCCUGGUCACGAAUCUGUUCGUGCUGACAUGACCACAGGAGUUGGCCAGGUACCAGAAACCAGUGACUCUGCUUCGUUCCCUGCCCUGACUGUAAAUAGCAAAAGAAUUGUUCUGCAAUUAUGUACAUUUGCCAAACGACAAUUACAAAGAAAAUAUUGAUUGGGAAGUGAAAAGUAAGUAGUGCAAAUAUGUAUUUAAGGGAAAUAAAAUUAUUCUUUUUCUUGGGGGUUUAAACUUGAA